AUGAGGCGCUAUGCCUCAGCACAUGGUCUUCUGGAGAGUGUCUACGAUCCACAGCACAGUCGAGUCUCAUCGAAUCAGUUGAAGGCUCUUCUCACGAGCUCAUCAUCGACUUCACGACAACCGGCCGACCAAGUCGACACUGCGCCGUCGCUCCCUAUGGGCCCGGCUCAAACAUUCAACAGUAUGCCGUCGUCCGGCAUGGGACCGAAUCUGCCGUUAUCGCUUCAGAUUGGGGACUAUAAAGUGUGGGACUACCUAGUUGAGGUGAUGUCAAGAGGCUGGAUCGAUGCCGGUUCGUUUCGCCUUUCACCGGCCUACUCGCUAUAUUUAGCGCUGCGAUUCUUCCAGUCACACUCGAAGCCCUAUCUGGUGCAGUUCUUUACCCGGAUUGCUCAUCAUAUGAAUCAGAUAUCUCAGGACUGCACAUCGAGAGAUGAGUUGUUAUUUUGGUUAGCAAAUGCGAGCGAGUUGUCGUUUCUAGUAGAAAGGGAUCCUGAUCUACGGACACCUCGAGCAGGUCAGCUGGGCACAGUUGUCGAAACAGUGUUCCGACGGUUAUGUACAGUUCUUCUUGGAGCGCUUCGACCGGCCUGCAAGCCGAUGUUGGAUGUGAAUAUUCCAGUAGAAGACGGCAGCAGUGAGUUGAUUACGCUUUGA